AUGGAUUUAGAGCAUCUUUCUCCAGAGGAACUGGACUUCGAGUUGAUGGUAAGGACUGUAAAAGGAACGAAAGGCCAGGACCACAAAUGGAAAAUUUCAAAACCACUUCAAAUUUUGAGUACAGAGGACGCCGGAGGAGCAUCCGCACCAACAUCAUCGACGCACGUUCUCUCGGACGUCGAUAGCAUAUAUAAAUGCCAAGCCAAACUUCCUCCAAUUUUCCAAGUUUUGGAAGCCGCAUUUCGCCAAAACGAUGAAAAUCAAGCGAGGUUAUGCAGAUCAAGACUGAUGCAUUACAGAUUUAGGCUUUCCAUUAUAUCGGAUCCGAUGAUCACAUCCAAUGCCAGCAAAACGAUGGCCAAGAUAAACAAAACACUAGAGAGAAUUGAACAUUUUCUAGGCAAUCUAGCUUCUAAAAAGGUGGAAGAAGAACUGCCUGGAGAUCCAGAUACACAGCAAAGGCUAAAGAUCGCGCAGCUUCAAUCAAGCAUAAAAGACGCAUCACAGCAGCAACAACUAUUAGAACAGGAACUCCAACAACAGUUGAGACAACAACUGCAGCAAAAUAAAGACGGUCAAAUUCCGGAAGGACAAUCAACACAGUACGAGCAACAAUAUCAACAGCAAAAUUUACAGCAACUGCAGGAGUUGAUAGGUCAACACCAACAGCAGCAGCAACGAUACCAGCAACUUAGACUCGAACAACAAAGACAAGAACAACAACACCAGCAGUUGGUUAACCAGAUGCAACAACAGCAACAGCAGUUAGAACAGCAGCUACACCAAGAGCAAGUCAGACGGCAGCAGAUUGAGGUGCAGUUACAGGAUCAACUAAAUCGACGAAUUCCAGUUUCGGGGUUUCAGAACAACUCAAUCUCAGGAUAUUGGGAUCCACAGCUCCACCAAGAAUCAGGAAUACUUCAUCAGGUACCAGGGUUGAACCAUAUUCCCCCUCACUUACGUGAUGAUUUCCUGCGGUUCUUAAGAUCUCAAAACAGACCUAGUACACCUAGAACACCAAAUCCACAACCAUCUGCAAACAGGUUCACGCAGCCGGUACACAAAUGGCCAUUUGAAUACGCUGGACAGCCCAACAUCAUACAGCUAGGUGAAUUUCUAAAUCAAGUGAAUACCUAUGCAGACACAGAAGGAAUGGACGAGCAAACUCUGUUACGGUCCAUCAAACAUUUGCUAAAAGGGCGAGCACUUCAAUGGUAUACUCGUGCUUACCUUAGCCUUUCAACUUGGGAAAUCUUCAAGGCCGAGAUCAAACAGGAGUUUUUGCCGCCCAACUACUCAGAAAUUGUAAAGCAGGACCUGUAUUUGCGUUUCCAAGGUCCAAAUGAACCGUUCACCAACUUCUACAGAGAUUUAGUGGCAGCUUUUGAGAUUGUGGAACCGGCAAUAUCGGAAUCCGAGAAACUCUUCAUCAUUAAAUCUCACCUAAAUUCCGAUUUCUCGCCAAUAGCUGCAGCUUCACGAGCAAAUAAAAUUCGUGAUCUAGUUGCCGUUUGCAGGGACUUUGAGGUCUCCAGAUCUUACUCUUUACGAGCUCGCACCCCCUUCACAUCUCGCACUGCUUGGACAAAACCUGAGCCCUCGAUCUUUCAGCGUUCGACCACCAACAGAAUGGACAAUGCAAAUCGUCCAACUUUCAACAGACAGUCAUUUAGUACCGCCCAAGUCAACACGAUGGAAUCAAGUCAAGACAUCGAUGAAGAGCUAGAUUCACUUCGUAUUCAGGAGCGUGAAGUUUUGCAGCAAGACAUGGCAUUUCGGAAUGAAGCGGCAGCAAAUACAGUAGAAGAGGUUAAUGCGGUUCGGAUGCAAAAUAACUGGAGAGAACGAUUAUCCACCAACACAGGCGAAAGCCCGGCUAGAGAAAACAAUAACAAUAACAGAGAUCUUGCUUCUGCAAUCGUAUGUUGGCAAUGCGAAAAUUCUGGUCACACCUACCCGAGAUGUCCCAAUCCGAAGCGAUACCUUUUCUAUUACAGUUGCGGCAAAAAAGGAUGCACUACGCGUAACUGCGAUGCAUGCAUCUUGCGUUGGAAGCAAUUGGACACUCAGCAUUCGGGAAACCGGCACUGGGAGAACCCACAAUAA